CCUCUCAUUAACUCCCUCACUCCCAUUUCUAGGAAUCUGGCCAUCGGCAUCGGGAUCCAGAAUUUCCCAGAAGGCCUUGCAGUGAGCCUGCCUCUCCGGGGUACGGGUGUGUCACCGUGGCGUGCAUUCUGGUACGGCCAGCUGAGCGGCAUGGUGGAGCCUGCGGCCGGGCUGCUGGGCGCUGUCGCCGUGGUGAUGGCCGAGCCGCUGCUCCCCUACGCCCUGGCCUUUGCGGCGGGUGCCAUGGUGUACGUCGUCAUGGACGACAUCAUCCCUGAGGCACAAGUCAGUGGCAACGGGAAGCUGGCUUCGUGCACCUCCAUCUUGGGAUUCGUGGUGAUGAUGUCACUGGACGUGGGUCUGGGCUGACGCCCUGUUUCCAUGGGAACUGUCACUGGAGCUCUGAAAGUCAUGGAACAAAGGGACCUGAUUGUCCUCUUUGAGAUGUAUCUCAAGUUCUGUGUAAAAUUGUGAAUUGAAUUUUCUAUGCAUUUUUUUUUACUUUGAUUUCAUUCCAGGUUUUUGGAGUUAUUUUUCUUUGCUUACUUUUCUCAGAUAUUGAACCUGUUUGUAUAAUGACUGAAUACUGUGCCAGUACUGUGACAUUAUACAUGUGGUAACGAUUUACCAGAAUGUUCUUUAAAUGAAAUGAGCGACCUGGCUGAUCAAUCUGUAACCCACAUUUCUCCAGCAUCUCCAUCGCACUCGUGUUGUGUGGAAGUUUACUUUCUGAUGUUUGGUGUUGUCCUAGGCCAUGCAUUCCCAGAAUUCCAUGCCACGUUCCCGCCUGUAUACUUGACAUUAACCAAGGGGUCCACAGUGUGUUGGCUGUCACGAAUGAGGCUGGCUCUAAUUUACAUUAAAAGGUAUUGUAAUUUACAAAAUACAAGGGCAUGUUGUAGAAGUUGUCGAAAGAAUAUAACUUCUUAUGUAUGUCUGA